UGUCUCAUUUCGAUUUGCUCUCUAGCAGGAAAGCCCUAAUACUCACUGCUGAUUAGACUAAAGAAUACUACUGGAUUUAUUUGUCUUCUUUUUGGUGCCCCAAAUAAUGCAAGUGGAUGAAGAAGGAUGUCGAUGUUGUUUGUUGUUUCAUUUUGGAAUAUUCACCGCCCUUACAGAGACAGCCAAAAUGGUGGCUGCUUUUCCACUGGCCAAGCUUGGCACACUGGUAAUCAAACAGGUCAGCAAGCCACUGGCCAAUGUCAUCAAAGAGCGGGCUAAAAGGAGCUACUUUUUCCGCACCUACGUGUGCAUGCCACCUGCACAAUUGUAUCAUUGGUGUGAGGUACGAACAAAGAUGUGGAUCAUGAACUUGGGGAGGUCCGGAGAUAUUCCAAAGCUGAAUGAAGCAAUGGCUAUCGAUCUUGGGGCCAACAUGCUUGGAGAAGGUGUCAUUCUGGGUAUCGCUACCGGCGUGCUACUCUACGAAUACAACCGCUCGGCAGCCAAAGAGGAGGCCCGCGAGGCCGCCCAGCACGCCAGGUUGCGCUCCCUCGAGACGGCGCUGGACGACCUGCGCUUCACGGCCGAGGAGCAGGACACGCGACUCCGCGAGCUGACGCGCCGACUGGUGGCGCUGAACCCUCCGCCGGUGCCCCCACCGGCUCCAGCGGUGCCGGCCGGGACCACACCCCAGCAGCAGAGCGGCGAGGGUCGGCUGCAGACGGCGAUAAAGGACGCGACGGGACGACUACGGGGCAGCUGAGGGGGCGAGCUGUGGGGAGAAGUGUGUGUAGCUGUAGAUGUUAUGGCUUCCUGUGAACGUUACCGUUGCGUUGUGUGGCAUAAUUCGCGCUGAGAGCUGCAGCCCUGGUGUCGUCGGCGUCGUGGCGACUACACUAUGUUUUUUGUACCUGCUGGGAUAAGUGAAACAAUGCUCUUAAAACGAGAACCCAUCACGGCACUCGAGAUGCCCUGACAGCGACGAAUCGUUGACAUUAUGAUGUCCUGUGAACUGUAUCCAGAGAUGCGCGCAGCAGCUCGUGAUCUAUGUUUGGGCUCGGUUGUUCAAUGUUCGUACCUCAUUAUCCACAUGUCUGGCGGAGCAAUGCUCGAUAACGUUACCCCUGGGCCAGUUUGCGCUGUUUUUUGUUGGUGCUCCGAUGUGACAGACUCCCAAUACGCCCACCGGUUCGGGCGCCGCUGCCGUUGUGUGGUCUCGGACUGACGUCUGUUAGCCGCGGAGGGUUGGGUUAUUUGGCGAUCCCCGUGUCGGAUGUGAUAGUCCUUGCGAUGGUGCAAUACAGGACAGUGAUAAGA